AAGACGCGAGCGUCAAUCGAUUUGCGAGGCUAGAAUUUCCGUAAAGCGUAUUUUUAUCUAGAAAAUAGUUCUUUUUAUACGCGAUAUAGCGUUCGGAAUUGUGUUUCAAUUGCUUAAUAUUUCUAUACAGUGACUAGGAAAACCACUGGAAUAAUGGCCGGACUGGAAUCGAUGAUUGUAGAGGACAAACAGCAGUUGCAGAAAUCCGUCGAUCGGGAAAAGACAUGUCCCCUGCUGCUGCGGGUGUUCUGUUCGACAGGACGGCACCAUUCGGCCAACGAGUACAUCCACGGCAAUGUCCCGUCGAACGAGCUGCAAAUCUAUACGUGGAUGGAUGCCACCCUGCGGGAACUGACCACUCUGGUGCGGGACGUCAAUCCGGAAACCCGGCGCAAGGGAACCUACUUUGACUUUGCGGUCGUGUAUCCGGAUCGUGCUGCGACCUGGCGGAUGCGCGAGAUAGGCGUUACCUGUUCCGGGCAGAAGGGCGCCGACGACACGAAAACGCUGUCCCACGCAAAGUUCACAAUCGGAGAUUACUUGGAUAUCAACAUUACCCCACCGAACCGUUUGCCUCCCCGUGGGGCCCGGCCAAGGCCUUACUAGGGGCGAACCAGGCCCGGAACUCGAUGGGCCUCCCGCGGCGGACGUGUCACCCGUUGGGAUUAAGUGUGAAAUUGAGUGAAUCAUCUCUUCUUCUUUUUUUCUUAAAGGAAAACGUUUUUCUUUUUAUUAGAAAUCUUAAGUCGUAAGUGUAAAAUAAAUACAAUCCUAAUGACGAAAAUACAGCUGUAUGCAAUUCAAACUGAA